UGGGGUUGUUGUUGUAUUCCCUCUUCUCUCUCAUCACCAUUUUUACACUUUUGCUUUCUUUCUUGCUAAGUAGCUUAAAGUUUCAGCCUCCCCAAAACCCCCCCCUCUCUCUCUAGGGUUUGUCUUGGUCAUUCUCUUCAACUUUCCACCUUUUGCAUUUCCUCAUUCUUGAACUAACAAUUAAUGACCUUUAAGUGAAGAUAAGGGUGUGAAAGUUAAUUAUAAUGGCGUCAAGAGGGGGCCCUGAGCCGUCGCUGCAGCGGCGGAUAACACGGACGCAGACGAUGGGGAACAUAGGGGAGUCAAUGAUUGAUAGUGAAGUGGUGCCAUCGUCUCUAGCGGAGAUUGCUCCUAUUCUUCGUGUUGCCAAUGAAGUUGAACCCAGCAACCCCCGUGUCGCCUAUCUAUGUCGGUUUUAUGCUUUUGAGAAAGCUCAUCGGUUAGAUCCCACUUCUAGUGGACGUGGUGUUCGGCAGUUUAAAACGUCCCUCCUGCAGCGGCUUGAAAGGGAAAAUGAUCCAACCUUGAUUGGAAGGGUUAAAAAAAGUGAUGCACGUGAAAUGCAGAGCUUUUACCAGCAUUACUACAAAAAGUACAUUCAAGCUUUGCAAAAUGCUGCCGAGAAAGCAGACCGUGCACAACUUACUAAGGCAUACCAAACUGCAAACGUACUCUUUGAGGUUUUGAAAGCAGUUAACCAGACGCAAGCAGUAGAAGUCGACCGUGAGAUUUUGGAAGCUCAUGAUAAAGUUGCUGAGAAGACACAGAUUUUAGUCCCCUAUAAUAUUCUUCCUUUGGAUCCUGAUAGUGUAAAUCAGGCAAUUAUGAGAUUUCCUGAGAUUCAGGCUGCUGUUUACGCUCUCAGAAAUACAAGAGGUCUUCCAUGGCCCAAGGAUUACAAGAAGAAGAAAGAUGAAGAUAUUCUCGAUUGGCUUCAAGCAAUGUUUGGGUUUCAGAAAGAUAAUGUUGCAAAUCAGAGGGAGCAUCUCAUUUUGCUACUUGCAAAUGUACACAUACGCCAGUAUCCAAAGCCUGACCAGCAACCCAAGUUGGAUGAGCGUGCUUUGAAUGAAGUCAUGAAGAAGCUUUUCAAAAACUACAAGAAAUGGUGCAAAUAUUUGGACAGGAAAAGCAGUUUAUGGUUGCCAACCAUACAACAGGAAGUACAGCAGCGUAAAUUAUUAUACAUGGGAUUGUAUCUUCUCAUAUGGGGGGAAGCAGCAAAUUUAAGAUUCAUGCCAGAAUGCCUAUGCUACACUUACCAUCAUAUGGCAUUUGAACUCUAUGGCAUGCUAGCUGGCAAUGUUAGUCCCAUGACGGGUGAAAAUGUUAAGCCAGCUUAUGGAGGGGAAGAGGAAGCUUUCUUGAGAAAAGUUGUUACUCCUAUUUAUGAAGUGAUUGCACGGGAAGCUGCUAGGAGCAGAAGAGGAAAAGCAAAGCAUUCCCAGUGGAGGAACUAUGAUGAUUUAAAUGAAUACUUUUGGUCAGUGGACUGCUUCAGGUUAGGUUGGCCCAUGCGCGCUGAUGCUGAUUUCUUUUGCCUCCCUGUGGAAGAACUUCGUGCUGAGAGAAAUGGGGAAAACAAGCCUUCUAGAGAUCGCUGGGUGGGGAAAGUUAAUUUCGUUGAGAUACGAUCAUAUUUGCAUAUCUUUAGGAGCUUUGACAGAAUGUGGAGCUUCUUCAUAUUGUGCUUACAGGCAAUGAUAAUUAUUGCUUGGAAUGGUUCAGGAGAGCUGAGCAUGGUUUUCACUUCAGAUGUUUUCAAGAAAGUAUUGAGUGUGUUUAUAACAGCUGCAGUUUUGAAGCUUGGGCAAGCCGCUCUUGAUGUGGUUCUUAAUUGGAAAGCUAGGCACAGCAUGUCAUUCUAUGUUAAACUACGAUACAUAUUGAAGGUCAUAUCCGCAGCUGCUUGGGUGGUCAUUUUACCUGUUACAUAUGCUUAUACAUGGGAAAAUCCUCCUUCAUUUGCCCAAACCAUUAAAAAUUGGUUUGGCAACAACUCAAAUUCUCCUUCACUAUUUAUACUGGCUGUGGUUAUCUACUUGUCGCCCAAUAUGCUCGCUGCUCUGCUCUUUCUUUUUCCCUUCGUCCGUCGAUUCCUAGAGAGAUCACACUACAAAAUUGUGAUGCUGAUGAUGUGGUGGUCACAGCCUCGGCUUUAUGUUGGUAGGGGAAUGCAUGAGAGCACUUUUUCUUUGUUCAAAUACACUAUGUUCUGGGUACUUUUAAUUGCGACAAAACUAGCAUUCAGUUUUUAUGUAGAGAUAAAGCCUUUAGUGGAUCCAACAAAAAAGAUUAUGAAUGUCCACAUUACCACUUAUCAAUGGCAUGAGUUUUUUCCCCACGCAAGCAGCAACAUUGGUGUUGUUAUCGCUCUUUGGGCUCCAGUUAUCCUUGUUUAUUUCAUGGAUGCUCAGAUAUGGUAUGCCAUUUUCUCCACACUAUUCGGUGGUAUUUAUGGAGCAUUUCGUAGGCUUGGAGAGAUUCGAACCUUAGGAAUGCUGAGGUCCAGGUUCCAGUCUUUGCCAAGUGCUUUUAAUGCCUGUUUGAUACCGGAGGAAAAGGGCGACCAACCAAAAAAGAAAGGACUAAAAGCAACAUUUUCCCGAAAGUUCAACAGGGUGCCAUCCAACAAGGAAAAGGAAGCUGCAAGGUUUGCUCAGUUGUGGAAUAAAAUAAUAACAAGUUUUAGGGAGGAAGAUCUUAUUAGCAAUCGUGAGAUGGACCUUUUGCUUGUUCCUUAUUGGGCUGAUCGUGAGUUGGAUCUCGUGCAGUGGCCGCCAUUUUUGCUUGCUAGCAAGAUUCCAAUAGCAGUGGAUAUGGCUAAGGAUAGCAAUGGAAAGGACCGUGAGCUGAAAAAGAGGAUAGAGGCUGACCCUUAUAUGUCAUCUGCUGUUUGUGAGUGCUAUGCUUCAUUUCGCAAUGUAAUAAAAGUUUUGGUUUCUGGCCAUCGUGAGAAGGAGGUUAUAGAGUAUAUCUUUUCAGAAGUUGACAAGCAUAUUGAGGCUGGUGAUUUAACUAGUGAACUCAAGAUGAGUGCUCUUCCCAGUCUAUAUGAGCUGUUUGUUAAGCUUAUCAAGUACUUGCUAGACAAUAGGCAGGAGGACAGGGAUCAAGUUGUACUUCUAUUCCAGGACAUGUUAGAAGUUGUUACGCGAGAUAUAAUGAUGGAAGAUCAUGUAUCAAGCUUGGUAGAUUCCAUCCAUGGAGUCUCAGGAUAUGAAGGAACGGUUCCUCUUGAUCAGCAAUAUCAGUUAUUUGCUUCAGCUGGAGCUAUCAAAUUUCCUACUCCUGAAUCAGAAGCUUGGAAAGAGAAAAUCAAAAGGUUGUACUUGCUGCUUACAGUAAAGGAGUCGGCAAUGGAUGUACCGUCCAACUUAGAAGCUAGGAGGCGAAUAUCCUUUUUCUCCAAUUCAUUGUUCAUGGAAAUGCCCACAGCACCGAAAGUCCGAAACAUGCUUUCUUUCUCUGUCUUGACCCCAUACUACACGGAAGAGGUCCUUUUCUCAUCAGAUGAUUUGGAUAAAGAAAAUGAAGAUGGUGUUUCCAUUCUGUUCUAUUUGCAGAAAAUUUAUCCAGAUGAAUGGCUCAAUUUCAUUCAGCGUGUGGACUGUACCAGUGAAGACGACCUCAGGUUUAAAUGGUCUCCUGAUUUAGAAGAAAAACUCCGACAUUGGGCUUCAUAUAGAGGGCAGACUUUAACAAGGACAGUGAGAGGGAUGAUGUAUUACCGCAGAGCUCUGGAACUUCAAUCUUUCCUUGAUAUGGCCCAGGAUGAUGAUUUGUUGGAGGGGUAUAAGGCUAUUGAGUUAAACGAGGAUCAGAUGAAGGGAGAGAGGUCUCUUUGGGCACAAUGUCAAGCAGUGGCUGAUAUGAAAUUCACAUAUGUUGUCUCAUGCCAGCUAUAUGGUAUACAAAAGCGAUCUGGUGAUCAACGUGCACAAGAUAUUCUCCGGCUUAUGACAACGUACCCAUCCAUGCGUGUUGCUUAUAUUGAUGAAAUUGAAGAACCAAGCAAAGACAGGUCCAAGAAAGUUAAUCCAAAGGUCUACUAUUCCACCCUUGCCAAAGCUGCCAUUUCAAAUUCUUCCGAGCCCGGUCAAAACUUGGAUCAGGAUAUCUACCGUAUAAAACUUCCAGGCCCUGCUAUCUUG